UCCCCCGGCCGACUGCUUCGCUCGCCCGUUGCGCCGCGACCCGGUCGGCCCCGCACCGCCGGGCGGCCCUGCCCCGCCGCGGAGAUGGGCGAGAUGGAGUCCUAUAAGGUGAUGCUGAACGGGCCGGCACCCUGGGGCUUCCGGCUGCAGGGAGGGAAGGACUUCAGCAUGCCGCUCUCCAUCUCCAGGCUGACUCCAGGUGGAAAGGCUGCCCAGGCCGGUGUGGGAGUGGGCGACUGGGUGCUGUACAUUGAUGGGGAGAGCACCAGCGCCAUGACGCACAUCGAGGCCCAGAACAGGAUCCGCGCCUGCGGGGACAGGCUCUGCCUCACUCUGAGCAGAGCCCAGAACCACCUGGGGAAGCCACAGAAGCACCGCCCUCAACAAAACAGCUCGGCCCUUCGGGGCCGGCUCGCCUCCGAACCCACGGCCCGGGCUGGUGACGAAACCCGUGACGUACGUGCCCCUGGCGCCCGCCUGCACCCCCCAGCACAAUGGGUGCAGAGCCUUGACAAGAAACCACAGGAGCACCCCAGUUCCCCCAAAUAUGACCCCAGCAAGUUGCAUCUGAUCGAGGAUUCUGAGGACUGGCAGCCCCGCAACACCAGCACCCAGUCCCGUUCCUUCCUCAAACUGGCCCAGCUGACGGGCACAGACAGCUUUGAGGACCACGAGGACGAGCUGGUUAGGAAGCCCAGGGGUCCCCGUGUGUCAUUUUGGGGUACAGAGGAGGAGUGGCAGUCCAUGCACCCCCCCGGCACCCCCACGUGUGACCCAGGCAAGCUGCGGCUGAUGGAGGACGCUGAGGACUGGCAGCCCCGCACCGGCACCUCCCAGUCCCGCUCCUUCCGCAAACUGGCCCAGCUGACGGGCACUGAUGGCCUGGAAGAUGAUGAUGUAUUUAUUAAAAAGCCCAGCCAGGUCUCCGUACCGGACCCGUCCCCGGGAGCAGCAAUGAAGACAGAACCAGGAUUGGCCUCCAGGACCCCUGCUGCCACCCCUGGCCCUACCAGCCGCCCACCCUGGGCUGUGGACCCCUCAUUUGCUGAGCGCUACGCCCCAGACAAGACAAGCACAGUGCUGAGCAAGCACAGCCAGCCGGCCACCCCGACCCCCAUGCAGAACCGCAGCUCCAUCGUGCAGGCAGCUCAGCAGGCACCUGAGGGCCCCGGCCGCACCCCCCUCUGCUACAAGUGCAACAAGAUCAUCAGAGGACGCUACCUCGUGGCACUGGGACAUUAUUACCACCCCGAGGAGUUCACCUGCUGCCAAUGCAGGAAGGUGCUGGAUGAGGGUGGUUUCUUCGAGGAAAAGGGCUCCAUCUUCUGCCCCAAGUGCUACGACACGCGCUAUGCGCCCAGCUGUGCUAAGUGCAAGAAGAAGAUCACUGGGGAGGUCAUGCAUGCGCUGAAGAUGACCUGGCACGUGCAGUGCUUCACCUGCGCAGCCUGCAAAACUCCCAUCCGCAACCGUGCCUUCUACAUGGAGGAGGGACAGCCCUACUGUGAGAGAGACUAUGAGAAGAUGUUUGGCACCAAGUGUCGUGGCUGUGACUUCAAGAUUGAUGCUGGGGACCGGUUCCUGGAGGCGCUGGGCUUCAGCUGGCAUGACACUUGCUUCGUCUGCGCGAUCUGCCAGACCAAUCUGGAAGGGAAGACAUUCUACUCCAAGAAGGACAAGCCGCUGUGCAAGAGCCAUGCUUUCUCCCACGUGUGAGGGGCAAGAGUUCAGCUGUGCCCAUGCAUGCCCCUGCUCCUGCAUGCUCCUUUCCCACCCCUUCCCCUGACCCAGGGAGCCAGGCUGAGGCUUCACCCCUUCCCCUUGCUCCUGACUCUUUCCUGGCAACUCCUGGCUGGGCCCUGGCAGAAUCAGCACUGGCCCCUUCCAUCUGGCUGGCUUCUUUUGUGCCCCCCUAGCUGACACAGGAGCCUGGGGAAGGGGAUGCCACAUAGGUCUCCUGCCCUGAGGCUGCACAGCACAAUGCUUGUGCUGAGGCUGUGGCUGGGGAGGGUCUGGUUGCAGCAGAGCUGCUCCUUUGCUUUGAUGGGGCCCAGCUGCCUUGGCACUCAGCACCAGGGCAGGGAUGCUCCUAGCCCCCAGCCUCUGCCAAACUCUUCCCUCACCUCCCCAGCUUCAUACUCAGCGCAUGGGACUUGAGCACUGGCUCUUCUCCCCCUGCCCACAGUGACCCCACAGCCCAGCAAACUGCUGCCGUGGUUUCCUACCCAGCCCCACAUGGCUGCAUGACAUGGGGCUGGGAGGGCCGUGGGGCUGUCUAGUGGCAGCACCACCGUGCCAUGGAGCAGGACUGUGUGCCAUGCCUGCCCUGGCUGUGGGCUGGGAGCGCACACCAGCCUCUGGCUAAUGGGUUCCCAUCAGGCUUGAAAACUGCUUCCUACCAAAGAGCGUGUGCCACCGCUAUCCCAGCACUGUAAAUGCCUCUCCCAAACCCCCACCCUCCGGUUGGGCUGCAUUUGAUGUAGCCACGGUGCUUUUAGUGCCUUGAAUAAACACUUUUUUGCGAGUGCC